UCUCCGCCAACCCUAAUAUUUACAUGGCCCACAUAUAAAAGGAAAUGUCAUUCGUCGCUCCCCUUUCCCCACCACCAAACCAUUCCCAUAUAUCGAUUUUUUCAUUGUGGUCAAAGAUAUGUCUGAACACAGUAUAGAUCUAUCGCCCGAGUCCUCCAGCCCCAUCAAUUACAGCGACUCGGCGAACCUCCUCGGCCAAUCGACCUACUCCCAGCCGAUACCCAGCCCCGCCUACGAAACCGCCCCCAGAAAUACGCAAGAGGAGACCAAGAAGAAUGAACCUUUUCCAAGCCCCGUUCCAUCCGACCGCUUCGCCUUCGUGAACACCUACCGUGAUUUCCGGGUCGGCAUCGUGUUUGUCGCUCAGCUGUUUAUCGCCACCGUUAUCAAUAUUGUCGGCAUUGCGAAUCUGAAGUCGAGUAUUCGUCGUAUCGCGGAUCAGAUUCCGUCCGGCAAUGGGUUAUUUGGACGUGAUGGCGGUGACGAGGGCGUCCACCCGGCGUUCUACGUCCUCCCUCUGUCCCUCAUCGGUUCCAUCCUCCUCGCUAUCCUCGCGUUGCGCUGUCUUCGCCUGAGUGCCAGGAAAACUACCUACGUAGCGUUGUAUGUGCCCAUCGUCGGAUUCAGUCUCCUUGCCAUCGGGCUGCUGACUUCCUCGUUUGCCGCCGCGGCUAUGAGCUUGGGUGUCGCCGCCAUCUUUGGAUACAUGAUCCGCCGAUGGGAGAGGCGCGUUGCUUUCACCAUCGUGAUGGUCGAGACCGUCACUGAGGUUAUGGAUGCCCGAACGUCGAUGUAUGCCGCGUCUUCCAUAGCGCUGGUUGUUCACGCCCUCUAUGCUCUCGCUGCCGGUGCCGGGUGGAUCGGCUUCCUCGUAUACCAAGUCGACACGAUCGAAGUCUCCCAGGAUCCGACCAACCCCAACAGAAUGUACCUCGAUGCCGUCAAUUUCAAGAGUGGCACUGGGUUCGGGUUGGUCUACCUGAUCUUUUCCGCGUACUGGACCCUCCAGUUCAUUCCGAUGGCGCUGCAGACCGUGCUCGCGGGCGCGUUCGCCAGCCACUACUUCUCCGGCAAAACCGCCGUCUCCCCGCUCAAAGCGUCGUUUGUUCGUACCUUCACCACGUCGUUCGGCUCCGUCGCGUUUGGUUCGUUCGUCGUCCUCAUCGCGCAGUUCAUCAGCUCCAUCUUCGCCAACGUCGGGCACGGUUCGCUCGUUGGCGCAUGCUGCCAAUGCGGUCUCGGCAUGUUCCUCUCGCUAUUGAAGUGCUUCAACAAAUACGCAUUCGCGCGCGUUGCCAUCUACGGCCAGAGCUACGUCGACGCUGCCCGUGACACAUGGGAACUGUUCAAGUCCUCCGGAAUCAAUAUUGUCAUCAACGACAGUCUGAUUUCGUGGACGAUGGGUUGCCUCGCCGUUGGCGUUGCUCUCGCUUCCGCGAUGGGGGCUUAUGGGGUUUCCAUGGCCGCCUUGCCUUCGUACCGAAGCUACCCGUCCUGCGACGACUUCCCUGAGCAGGAUUAUGAGAGCCAGCCCCUCUGUGGCUCCAACCCAAUCAUGGCGGAAGCAGUCGCCAUUGCCUACUGUGCGUUUAUUGCCGGGGUUGUCGUUAUGCAAGUCGUUUACAGAGUGGUCGAUGCCGGUGUGUCUGCGACGUUCGUUGCGAUCGCCGAGGACUCGAAGAUUAUGAAGACAUCCUACCCCAAACUGUACGAGACGUUUGAAGCUAUUUACCCUACCGUAGUUGCCCAGUGGAGUAGCGUUUAGUCAUUGUUGUUUAGAGUGAGCGUACAAAUAUACCAACUUGUUCCGGUUCGUAAAGCGGUUUUGUUUCAGUGCUGGAUGGAUGCGGGUUGCUGUUCUUGUCGUUGUC